AAAAAACCCAAAAUUACCCGUCCUACCGAUAUAUUUCGUAUCCUUGAGAUCCCGCAAAAUGAUAGUGGUAUGCCAACAUAUAGAUCAACCAAUAAAUAUGUGCCGUAUAAAAGUGGCCACUAUGCUGGCAAAACAUACAUAUACGUGGAAAACGACGACGACACGGACAACUACGUGGUUAUAUCUGAUACCACGGACGUGACUUCGUCAUCCGAAAGUGAGUAUGAAGAAAUAGAUAUGUAUAUGCCGCGUAGUCCUAAAUACAAAACGUUGAUCGAAGUGGUACUAAAACCAAACAGUAAAACACAUGAUGCAGAAAAUACACAUAUAGAUAAUAUAGUGGAUACUACUCAUAUGCCCACCAAUACACUUACAGAUGAAAAAUGGAAUCGAUUGAAAAACAAAUUUCUAUCGCAAUAUUUAGAACAUAUUGGACCUGAUGUAUCAUUAAAUAAUGAGCUACAAAAUGAUGAUAUGUCAAAGGAUACACACCCUAAUACUGUGGAUGUUAAUAAUGUUG